CCUGCCGUGCAGUGACGUCAUAAGAGUUGCGCUGCGGCUCGUCUGUCGGACGGUUGAAGGCGGGUAGAAGGAAGAUUGAGGUGGUUGUUUGAGGUCUGUUUUAAUGAUGGAGUGUGUUAAAGAGGAGACUGAUCCUGAAUCAUUCACAAUAACGCCUCAACAUACUCAACAACAAAGAGGCCUAAUGGGAGUGAAAGAGGAAGUUCAAAGACAAAAUGAAAUGGAGGAUAAACUUCAGCACCACAAUUUUAUUUGCUCACAAACGGAUGAAGAUUCACCUCAAGAAAGAGCAGAAGACAAAAUCUCUUUUACAUGCCAUCUUAAUGGUGAGACUUUUUCACAAAAAGGACAUUCAAAUGUUGACAUAAAGACUCACACAGAUGAAAUGCCUCAGUGUGAAAAAACUUGUGCGAGUAAAAGCCACCUUGAGAAUCAUUUGGUUACUCACGCUGGUGUGUGGCCCUUCACCUGCCCUCAGUGUGAUAAGGGUUUUUUACGAAAAAGAAGUUUUACUGUUCACUUAAUGACUCACACCGGAGAAAAGCCAUACAGCUGCCCUCAUUGUGAAGAGACCUAUAGAGAAAAAAGGCAACUUAAGAAUCAUUUAGUAAGUCACACUGGUGUGUUGCCUUUCGUCUGCCCUCAGUGUAAUAAGAGUUUUAAACAACAAAGAAGUCUUAAUGUUCACUUAAAGACUCACACCGGAGAAAGGCCAUACAGCUGCCCUCAUUGUGAAGAUACCUUCAUAGAAAAAAGGCACCUUAAGGAACAUUUAGUGAGUCACACUGGAGAAAGACCCUUCACCUGCCCUCAGUGUGAUAAGAGUUUUUUACGAAAAAGUAGUCUUAGUGUUCACUUAAAGAAGCACACUGGAGAAAAGAAAAACACAUGUGAAAGGUCCCUGAAAGUACCUAAAACAAGUCACACUGACAACAAACCUUUUUCUUGCCCUCAAUGUGGAAAGAGAUUUACACAAAGACGACGCCUUACUAUUCACAUGAGGAUUCACAGUUUUGAUGGGCCUUACACCUGUCCUCAUUGUGGGAGGGGUUUCCCAACAAAAGCACGUUUAGAGAGUCACAUACGAGUCCACACUGGAGAAAAACCUUUCAGAUGCCCGCAGUGUGACAAGAGUUAUAAAGAGCGUGGACAUCUUCAGUAUCACAUACGAAUUCAUACAGAUGAGAAGCCUUACUCGUGCAAUCUGUGUGAUAAGAGCUUUAGACAUAAAGAAAAUCUUAAGCAGCACAUACAAUUUCAUACAGGCAAGAAGCCUUACUCAUGCCAUCUGUGUGGUAAGAGCUUUAGACAAAAACAAUAUCUUAAGCAUCACAUACAAAUUCAUACAGGUGAGACGAAGCCUUUCUCGUGCCAUCUGUGUGAUAAGAUUUACACACAGGAAAGAAGUCUCAAAUUGCAUCUGCUGUCUUACCAUUCUGUAGAAAAACCCUAAAAGUGCACACAUCGUCGAAAGAGUAUUUUUGAGUCAGUGAUGCUGAUAAAACACAAGAUUGAUGAUUUUUUUGUGUUUCUUCAAAUAAUUGCACCAACAGUGGUCUCCUUACCAAGCUUCUUGCUGAUGGUCUUGUAGCCCAUUCCAGACUUGUAAACUUCUUCAAUCUUGCAACAUCAACUUUCUGCAGAUGGUGUCACUGUGUAUCAUUCAACAAUUCAGCGCACUUUGAUGCGAAAGAAGCCUUUUCUGCACACACGGCACAAACAGUCGCUUGAGGUAUGCAAACGCACAUUUGGACAAGCCAGCUUCAUUUUGGAAUAAGGUGCUGUGGACUGAGGAAACAAAGAUUGAGUUAUUUGGUCAUAACAAGGGGCAUUAUGCAUGGUUUCAAAAGAACAUAGUGUCCAAGAAUAACACUUGCUAAAAUUUGGUGGAGGUUCCAUCAUGCUGUGGGGCUGUGUGGCCAGUGCCGGUAUUGGAAAUCCGUUUAAAGUUGAGGGUUGUAUGGAUUCCACUGAAUAUCAGCAGAUUCUUGAGGAAUCAGUCACAAAGUUGAAGUUAUGCCAGGGCUGGAUAUUUCAACAAGACAACGACCCAAAACACUGCUCAAAAUCUACUCUGGCAUUUAUGCAAAGGAGCAAGUACAAUGUUCUGGAAUGGCCAUUCCAGUCCCCAGACCGGAAUAUCAUUGAACAUCUGUGGGGUGAUUUGAAGCGGGCUGUCCAUGCUUGGCAACCAUUAAACCUAACUGAACUGGAGAUGUUUUGUAAGAAGGAAUGGUCCAAAAUACAUUCAUCCAGAAUCCAGACACUCAUUACAGGCUAUAUGAAGCGUCUAGAGGCUGUUUCUGCUAAAGGAGACUCUACUAAACAUUGAUGUGAUUUUUUUCUGUUUGGGUGCCCAAAUAAAUGCACCUGUCUAAUUUCGUUUUGAUGCAUAUUGCACAUUUUCUGUUAAUCCAAUAAACCUAGUUUUACUACUGAAA